UAGCUUGCCAAGCUUCAGUCAGAGCGUUUCACUCCACCAUUUCAGUCACAGUAUUCCUUCUAGGAUAACGUACAUGUGAGCAAAGGUGGUUCAUCAUUGAUUUCCAAGGUGACGACCUCUGACUCCCCAGAUGAAAUGGUGACCUCUGAGCCCACUACUGCUCAUACUGCAUCAGCCACAGCGGAGCUCGGCAGCAGUGGCCGAACCCAAAGCCUUCCAGAAACUAGCAACAGCACGCCCCUGGACGUACGAAACCCGCUGCCGCUGGACUCUCCUCCUCCUCCAACCCCUCCUCUUCCUCCUCCUCCACCUCUUGCCACAGACAGUCCUGAUCUCCCACCCUUGUCGCCCCCUCCCCUGCCCCCGCCGCUGCCAUCCAAACCUUCUUCUACUUCCAGUCCUCCUCCCCCAACACCACCUCGCAUUAAGAGCCCCCAGCGUCCAACCGCCCUCAACCUAAAGACGCUGCCACGGCCCACCGUGAAAGAGAACGGCGGCCCCCCACCUGGGGAAGACGAGGAGGAGGAGGAGAAGAAGAUGCUGGAGGAGGAUCUCAAGAAAUGCAUUGAGGACUUCAAAAGGAUCCGCAUGCCCAAAGCGUUUCCAGAUCGCAAAAGGCACUGGCAAAGUGACUUGCUCAAGAAGUACAACGCGUAGAGAGCUUUGCUGCGACACCAUGGUGGACAAACUUCAAUCUGAGUAUUUUAUAAUAAUGAAGGGAACAUCAUGAGCAGUGGACUCCAGCUUUAUUUCAAUGAUGCUUGGAUACAAAUUAUGUGAAGACUGUUGGCGAGUUUACUUUAACCUCUACAUUAGUAGCUUUUGCAUGUCAACAGAAAUUAUUUGACUUGAUUGUUUAGUGCUUAGGGCUGAGCUAAUCUAGCAAUCACACAUAAAGAUUAUAACUCUGAGAAUUGUCUUUUCCCAUCAUAGAAAACAAUACCGCUUUAGAGACUGUUAGUGACACUUCUUUGUUCCAAAGUUAUUUGGAAAUAUUAAUAAAUAUUUUGAAUCAUUUUCUUUUCACUCAGUCGAAGGAUAAUAUUGUAAUGUCAUUAAUUGCCAUGUGCACUGAUCAAGCAACUGGAAAAUGUAAGCUAAGUGUGAAAUUUUAGGCGUUUGACCUUGCUGAUGCAAAAUAAAAGA